CAGGGCCGCGUCCCUCCCGGACCUGGCUGCGGCGCUGGUGGGAAGUGCUGGGGCCUACAAGGCCGGAGGGAUGACCCAGACUGCAAGCACGCCGGACUCCGAGGAAGAUGCUGAAUUCCAGGAGCAUGAAAAGAUUCUGUCUCCAGAUUUUCUUUCAACUGUGCAAAUCACUGAUUUACUAACAGAGAAUGUAGAUGGAAUUCAAGAAAAACUGAGAAUGUUUUUGAAUUUCAAAAACCUUCAAACUUGUUUAAAGGAUGCCAUUCUAUUAGAUUACUAUGUGUCUGGAUUUUUGUGGGCCAAAGGAAUGGACUUUUCUAUCACUCAGUGUUCAAAAUUUAUGACUUUACUAAAUAUGUUACUUCAUAAUCUUAAAACACUACAUAUGUCCUUAGAGGACAACAUAAAGUGGCUUGGGGAAGUGAUGGCUGAAAUCGGACCAAACCAUUCUCAAAGAAUUCACGAAUGGAACAUCUUUGAUGUAAAGCGAGCCAAUGCUAUUGUUGAUUACUUAAAAAUCAGCAUCUUUCAACACUACAAGCUAUACGAGUUUGUGUUCUACUCUCCCAGAGAAGAAAUUGUGAUAGGGACUGAGCAAGUAAUAGAAAUCGUCAACACUGGAGGAGGCCCUUUACCAAAACCUCUGGAAGAAGGAAUCUCGUUUGAUAUUUAUUCAAAAUUCAUUGAGCCACCUCCAACAUUAGAUCAAGAAAUGAAGGGGUUGGAUCAAGAGCAAGGCGAUGAGGAGACCCAGCCAGAAACUGACACUUUGGAUACAGAUCCUUUAGUUGGCUUCACCAUUGAGGAUGUGAAGUCCAUGCUGACUCAAGUCACAGAUGACAUGUUCACAGACGUUCAGACCGAGAUAAACGAAAAGCUGCAAAUACAGGAAGAGGCCUUUAAUGCACGAAUCGAAAAACUGAAAAAGGCCUGAGGACUCGGUACAAGGAGAGUGAUGCUAAACUUCACAGAAACAAACAAAACUAGCUGGAAUAAUAGAUUCUCUAGAGCAUCGUAUCUUCUUCAUUCCACUGUGAAAGGAAAAGCAAGCCGCGCUUUUUAUUGUCAUAAGUAUUUAGAAAAGUAUUAGCCCCAAUUUUGCCAUCUCCUGUACUAUAACAGCCUCUGAAUUUAUUGUACCACAGUAAUAAGAAUAUUUUGUAUACAGGAGCUUGGAGAAUUUUAUAUAAAAAUACAAUUACUUUUAUGAUAGUUCUUUGACAUUUUUACGAAUAAACACUACAUCUUCAGUGAGAAUGAAACUAACAUUUUUAAAGAACCAGAAAUAAAGAAAAAUAAUAAUGAUAAUUGUAUCCAUACUGACACAAAUGAACUGUCGCAUUACUAGAGCAUUAUGAAAUGAUACUAGUGCCAUAGUACUGAGGGUAAAACUUGCUAAACAACGGCAAUUCAAACACAUACAGUAGGGUUUUUAAAACUCAAAUCAUUUGGUUUUCUUAUUUAAACAUUUCAGUGUGAAACCAAUUUUCUGAAAUUAUAUAAUGCAGUUUGAAGCAUUUUAAUUUAUUCUGCACUGUAUUUGUUAUUUCUAAUCUUGUUACUCUCCCAGGAGAAUACAUGACCUAUAUAAAAAGAAGCAAUGUAUAAAUGGUUAUUAAAGACCAACCUAUAUAUAGAUGGUAAAAAUCUUAAGUACAAAUCAAACUCACAGAGCUCCUAAAAUUAACCAUUACCUUGCAGUGGAAUGAUUGAAAAAUAUCUCAAGUUUUUAAAUACCCUUAUGAAAUAUAAUUUGAAAGCAAAAAUAGCUAUGUGCUGAUUGUCCCUAGUUAAACAGAUUAGUUAAUUACUACCUAACCCCUUUCGAAAGAUCCUAGACUUCAGCAGAUUCUAGAAUGGAGGCAGAAAAUUGGUAGGAAGAAUCAGUGCCCUCAAGAAUUUUCAAAAUUGUACAAUACCUGCAACUGGAUGGCACUUGGCUAAAUGUGGACUAUACCCUUCCCUUCUCUGUCAGUAUCAAAGGAACUGCCCAAAAUAUCUUCACUUACAACACAGACCUAAUAGCUUUUGGUAAUUUUCUGACUACACUAAUCUGUAAACGAAGAGUAGUCCUUAAGAUAAAAUGUUGUUAUUGUUCCUAUACCUCUCAGGCUGAAGACCUGGAGAUAUGUUCCUCCCAGGUACGCUCCUUUCUGAAUAAAAGCAUUAAAGGCUGCAGGAUACCACAUGGAAGACUCACAAGGCUGGGUUGUCUCGGCAGUCUUCUCUCCAGGGGAAGCAGUAAAACUGGGAUGACCACAAACAGGGAAUAAAGAAGCUUCUAGAAAUCACCAAGCACAGCUUCAGAUGCAAUCAUUGCCACAAAGUGGAGCUGCACUUCUCAUAAAAAGUGUUUACUGGAGCAAGAGUGCCAGGAGCCUAUCACCGAAUCAGAAGUAGCCUCACAAUCCUUAAACACUGCCUCGUGAUGCUAUAACAGACACGCUGAGAGCUAAGAGUGAAACUGGCUUUGCCUUCGGCUAGUGUAUGACACUAAACAGGCCACGCAACUCUAUUUAUUAAGUGGGGAUAGUACUUAUUUUUGAGGUAAUUAUAAGAAUUCAAUAAAUUCAUGCUAAAUGACUUUUCUUAUAAGGUUUGGCUUGUUUACCUUCUAGGAUGUGAAAAAUGUCACACUCAAUUGCCGGAUCAGCCUCUCUGUGCAAAUUCCCAUCUCCUCUACCUCCCUCCUCACACAUAUGGGUGGAUGUGUUCUCCCACCCUUUUCAGUCAUCCCAUAGGGACAACUGUGUUCCACUACUAUCCUUUCCAAAUUUGACCAAUUUGUAACGUGCAGCUGAGCUGAGUCAGUGUGGUGCUGGGUGUGGAAGGCCCACCUGAGGAUUUUUGCCAACAGCGUAAAAGGAGAACUGGAGAG